AUGACCUUCGAUAAACAAAACAAUGGCAAUCUCGCCAAACCGUUCACGCCCACCCUCAGCGCUGCUUUUCACCGGAAUAAAACGCCUUUGACACCGAAGCUUGCAAGUCCAAGUCCGGGGCCUGGAUUCCCUGCAGGUCGCCGCCUCGCUCAACCCGAUCACCCCUAUUCCACCCCCUCCAAAGACUCCCCCGCGGUCCACCCGACCUUCCUGAGUGCCAAUGUUACUCCACGAUCAGGUGCCCGAACCACUCGUCGAGAUGGUACCAACGCUUCCCCAACAAAUACACCUUCUGCUUCUUCUCCGCAUACACCUUACUCCCAAUCAACAAUCGGCUAUGGCCGCCGAACUGAUCGCAGCCCGGCUCGCGGGGUCAAACCGGCGCAAUCAAGGAGCUUGAGGGCUCCAACGCUGUCGGCGGAAAACCAGCCUAUCUCACGUCCGAAUUCCUUCUCCGACAUGGCAUCGGGGUCGCCCUUGUUCUUUCAUGCGUCGGACGCUCGUUCAUCACAUCCCUCCGAGGUGGAAGGCCCUGCAACAAGACCUCAGGGGAAAGCGUCCCCGGCUUCAACCUUUGUUUACGCGAAUGGAGAUCAAGAACGCCAGUCACUGGGAGACCAGUCGAGUACCACAUCGUCUGUUGUAAAACGCCGAUCUGGAGGUUACUCGCGGCCCUUGCCCACCGCGAAACAAGCAGCUUCCCCUUCACCACGCCUCAGUUCACCUAAGCUCUCAGAUGCCACCUCCUCGCCACCAGAUGCUACGAAAUCCUCAUACCCUCCAAACGCCGAUCAAGGUCUUGGGAUAGUCCACCGUUUCAGCUCCCCGUCAAGUACAAUCAGCGAUAGACCACCAAUCGGAGGACACACCAAAUCAUCUAGUGUCGACUCGAGCCACCAAGCUCUUCCACCCGACAGUUUACGAUCAAGUCCAGUUAUUGUUUCUGGUAACUAUUUUAGCGAGGGGUCGGCACCCGUGAUGUCAGAACAGAUCCCGACUCUUCGCCCUCGAAUCUUCAGCAAUGGCUCCUCCAUGAACGGGUCCACCAUUUCGAACGAAACAUAUCCCCAAGCACCUCUAAGUCCUGGAAAAUCAGAGGGCCCCAGUGAGGCCGCCCUGAAUGCGCGCACCGAGCGCAAGAUCAUGGACUUGGAGAUCAGCAACUCUUCAUUACUUGCCAUUAACCGCACCCUCGAGCGAGAAAUGCGCAAACAAAAUGCUGAGCUCCGCCGAUUCCGACGACUGAGUCGCUCAGGCCGCAUUUCAAUGGCUCCAUCAAAUCGUUCAUUCUCAGGAGCAGCUCUUUCAACAACGAGUGAAAUGGACGAAGAUGCCAGCGAACUUUCGAUGCGAUCACAGGAUGAUAUGUCGGAUAUUAGUGACGAAGAUUCUCUUGCAGAUGAUGGUGUUGCGAGUCCGGGCUCGUUGGCCGAGCAUGAUGCUAAGCACCGUGCCCAAGACGAGAAACGAUUCAUGCUUGACCUUGCACGACACCAAGAACUAUUAGCGGACAGUCAGAAGAUGAAUCAAAGUCUGAAGCGCUGCCUGGGAUGGACAGAAGAGUUGAUCAAGGAAGGCCAAAGGGCCCUUGAGUAUAAUGUCCAUGUCCAAGACGUCGAACUCGGUGGCCGAGUCCUCGCACCUGAAGAAUUGGGUGAGGUUGGCGAGAGUCGUCGUGGCCUGCUAAGUCCUUCCACUGAAUAUGACGGUGUAUUUUCGCCUGUUGAAUCCCCGUCUAUUGGUUUCUCUGAUGAGCCGUCUAUUGCACCAUCUAUUGAUUCACCUGUUCCACCAUCUGCUCCUGAAUUGACGACAUGA